GUCGACCGUCAAAUUCACUCCCUAUGUGACCCUAGUGUCACCGGCCAUGUACCCCGUCGCCGUCUUCGCGCUGUUCGCUCUCGGACUGGCUUUCGUCACCAUUUUCGCAUUAUAUGAGGUCCGAACUCCCUCGUCCGCCAAGUCGCUGGUGAACGAAGUUGGGCUAUCCGCGCUGUCGUCCGUGUUCCUCGGCCUGGGCACACUCAUCCUCAUGCUGUGGGCAGGCUUACCUAUCUAGCCUGCGAACCGCUCCACCACUGCAUCUGUGACCGUUGUACACACACAAACCCAAUGGCUCCUGUGUGCUUCACAGAACGGCCUGGUCGCCCUGUCUGCUGCUAAGCUGCGUGACUCGCAUGUUUGAAUGCUUGGCAGAAGAGUGAGGGUGGGUGUGUGCGUUGUUGUAUGGGUAUACCCCUAGUGCCCCGUUUUCUUUCUUUCACCUGCAGAAUCGUUAGGAGGCAAGCUUGCGGGUGUACGCGUCUGAAACCACUCCCGUAUUAGGCCGUGUCUGGGCCUGAACGACUGAUUGGAUUAUAAGCUGAAGUUAAUUGAAUUAAAAAUAAAAACACAAUAGAAAG